GGGCCGCGGGGCGGUGCUUGGGUAGGCGGGGGAGUGCUGGCGGAGAGACGGAGGCGGACGAGCCUGCAGCCCGCAACAGCAGCAGCUGCCCACACAAAAUGGCGGAGGGCAACAACAGGAGCACCAACCAGCUGGCUGCAGAGACAGCCAGUUUGGAAGAACAGUUGCAAGGAUGGGGAGAAGUGAUUCUGAUGACCGACAAAAUCCUUCGCUGGGAAAAACUUUGGUUUCCACCUGCUAUAAUUGGUGUUGUUUCCUUUGUUUUUCUGAUGAUCUACUACUUGGACCCCUCUGUUCUUUCAGGAGUUUCUUGUUUUGUUAUGUUGCUUUGUUUGGCUGACUACCUUGUACCUGCUCUUGCUCCUAGAAUUUUUGGCUCCAGUAAAUGGACUACUGAACAACAGCAACGCUUCCAUGAAAUCUGUAGCAACCUGGUAAAAACACGGCGCAGGAUUGUUGGUUGGUGGAAACGUCUUUUUGUGUUUAAGGAAGAAAAGCCUAAAAUGUAUUUCACAACAAUGCUGUGCUCAUUAGCUGUGAUUGCUUGGAUAGGACAGCAAGUUCACAACCUUUUCCUCACCUAUCUUAUUGUGAUCUCCUUCCUAUUGUUUCCUGGAUUAAAUAAACAUGGGAUUAUUUCAAAAUAUGCUGGAAUGGCAAAAAGGGAGGUCAACAAACUCCUGAAGCAAAAGGAGAAGAAAAAUGAAUGAAGCUCUGCUUGCUACUGCACUCCGCAGUGUAUUGUGUUCUGGGAACAAUUCAUUAGAAUUAUUGUGUGUUUAGUAGAAUAGCAGUGCUUAUUUCAGUCAUAGCCUUUUAACUUUAAAAUGGGGUUCCCUCUUUUUAAAUAGGAUCUGUGUAGUUUAUUUGACCACACAGUAAAUACAGUCUGCUAACACAGGCAAGUCAUUCCAAUAAUAAAUGCAACUAGCAGCCUCAUAGGGUGGGAAGGUUGUUAAUCAGUGUGGUGGCAUAAGCAUUUUGAUUGUAUUGGUGUGGAUGACAUCCUUUGCUAUUUAUUUCUAGUGGAAAGACACUGGUUAGCAUUCUCCAUUCUUGUUAAACAUUUUAAGGGAUCUCUGCUGGCUCUCUAGAUUUAUUUACCUGACACCCCUGCAGAUGAAGUUAACAAGCUUCUUUCCAAAGUUGUGAGCCACAGAUGAUAAGGAUAAACAGGGCCUCUACAUACCUGGGUCUGAGGUGUCAUGACUUCUGUAGUAUGAGUUGCUGCAGUUGAAAGUAUGUGAAAAGCUGAAGCUAGGGAUUCACAGAGUCAAUUUUCUUCUAAUUGAAUUGCUGUAGUUUUGGAGUCGUGCAACGUCUUUAGUUUUUUUAAUAUGGUCUGUAUGCAAAAUCAUGUUAAAUACUUGAUGCACAAGGCUCACAAGUCAGUCUGUCUUUGGUAUUUGUGUUUUCUUAAUGCUGUUUUAUUACUGUGUUUAAGUAAAAAAAAUCUGUAAUGUAUUAAAAUGAUAGGCCUCUUAAAUUUGUUGCAAAACAAAACUUCUGUCUUAAUUGUAAACAGAUGAACAGUGUUAUCCUUGUCAGUUUGAAAAUGGAUUUCAGAAAUGCUGAAAUUUGCUUAUUACCCUGUAGGCAAUACAAGGGUGCAACAAAGACGUGGGUGCUUGUUACUGCCUUAUAGGUGAUAGCCCUGCCUAGCAUGCUACAUUAUUCUGCCAAAUACUGCUGUUCAGUAAACAUUUGGGAAGCAAGUAUUCUUAAGCUGGCACAGUUAGCAACUUCACCUACUCUUACAUACAAGCAAAAAUGCCAUAAUUGUCUGAUAACAAAAGUUCUAGCUGAUUCUUCCUAGAACUAACAUGAAUGUAAUAGUGCUUUUUAUCAGCACUCAAACUGCUUGAUUGGCCACGCCAGUGUACCAGAACCUUACAUACAUUUAAACAGAAUUCUGGUCCCAGUAAAUGUGGCAAAUUCUUCGUUUAACUAUAUUGGGGAGUCUUGAAUGAGGAAAAGUGUAAGGAAAGAAUCUUUAAAUAUGCAGUGUAGUUAGAUUACCUUAACACAUGGGAUUCAAAGUUGGUCUGCUCAGUUUUUUUGAAAUCAACAGAGAACCUUUCAGCUUGCUUGAUGUCUAAUCAAGCAGCAGCUACGCCCCAGAGACUGUGGGUCAAAGGCAUCCCUGAUGCAUGCUGCUACCCUAUAGGGAGUAUUCCUAAGGCACAUCUGGGUGUCCUCAAUCAUUUUUCCUUUUGGGGCUGAUGUUGUCAGAAUGCUAAUGUGGUUAUCAGUGCACUGAGUAUUUCCCUCUCCAUGCAAUCACCAUCUUUGCACACUGUUUCUUCAGUUUUAGCUUUAGAUGUAUCCCAGGAAGGGAGGAGUUCGUUUGGAGGAAAGUAUAUUGCUCUUCUUUCACUGUCACCAGUAAGGGCUACCACAGUUAUGUGCACUGGCAACAGAAGCUUGUAGUACGAAAAUAAAACUUUGAGAGAUGUCAACCAUAUUUGGAACACUGGUGACAUCUGAAUUAUUUAUUGAAGGAACUGCUUCUGGAAAAAAUAGUUGCAUUCCUCCCUAUGUUUCUUCCCAUCCCCUUUGCACUUAUUUUGUAUAUUUGUUGUUUUAGAGGCUGUCUGAACCCAUACCGCUAACUUGGGCACACAGCAGUGGCAGAUAUUAUAUGUAAUUGGGGGAGGAAUGAAAACAAAGAGGUUGAAAGAGCUGGUAGGGUGGAAGAGUGAAGGGAAACUUGGGUGGGGAUAAGGUUGUGUAAUUGCUGUUUUUGUUGAUGUUGCUGCUUUCUUUUGAUUGCAUUGAUAU